UUUCCUUGACAUUUCAUACGAUUAAUGCGCAUAUGACGUAAUAUUUCUGUUUAGAUUGAAAUUUUCGACAAGGUAGUUCGUGGAACAUGAACUCGUGUUAGUGGUUUUCCCUGUUAAUUGUUAAAUUUGAAUAAAACAAAUCGAGAAUGACCUGGGGUUUUGUAACCUGCGGUCCAAAUGAGGCUCUUGUUAUUUCAGGAUGCUGCUAUGCCAAACCUUUACUGGUACCGGGAGGAAGAGCAUUUAUUUGGCCAGCUGUUCAACAAAUUCAAAGGAUUUCUUUGAACACUAUGACGUUAAUAGUGGAUAGCCCUACGGUUUACACAAGCCAAGGAGUACCAAUUUCUGUCACAGGGAUAGCACAGGUGAAAAUACAAGGCCAAAAUGAGGAAAUGCUUCUUGCUGCAUGCGAGCAGUUCCUUGGAAAGCCCGAAUCGGAAAUCCAGCACAUCGCCCUUGUCACCCUAGAAGGACACCAAAGAGCCAUCAUGGGCUCUAUGACAGUAGAAGAGAUUUAUAAAGAUCGCAAGAAGUUCAGUAAACAAGUGUUCGAGGUAGCUUCAUCUGAUCUUGUCAAUAUGGGAAUAACAGUUGUUUCCUAUACCUUGAAAGAUAUAAGAGACGAGGAGGGAUACCUGAAAAGCUUGGGAAUGGCCAGAACAGCUGAAGUCAAGAGGGACGCCAGAAUAGGUGAAGCAGAGGCUAGAGCUGACGCAACUAUCAAGGAAGCAAUUGCCGAAGAACAAAGGAUGGCCUCAGUUCUUUUGAACGAUACCGAAAUCGCAAAAGCUAGGAGAGAUUUCGAAUUGAAAAAAGCUGCUUACGACGUUGAAGUUCAGACCAAGAAUGCCGAGGCUGAGAUGGCCUAUGAGUUACAAGCUGCAAAAACUAAACAAAGAAUCAAAGAAGAGCAGAUGCAAAUUCAGGUAGUAGAGAGAACACAACAAAUCAAUGUCCAAGAGCAAGAAAUUGCCAGAAGAGAAAGGGAGCUAGAAGCAACAAUCAGAAGGCCAGCUGAAGCUGAGAAAUUCAGACUUGAAAAAAUAGCAGAAGCAAAUCAUAAGAAGGUAUUGUUGGAAGCUGAAGCCGAGGCAGAAGCUGUACGAUUAAGAGGAGAAGCUGAAGCUUACGCAAUCGAGGCUAAGGCGCAGGCUGAAGCAGAGCAAAUGGCUAAAAAAGCUGAAGCAUGGAAAGAAUACAAGGAAGCAGCAAUGAUCGAUAUGUUCUUGGAUGUUCUGCCCAAGGUUGCUGCCGAGGUUGCGGCCCCAUUGUCCCAAGCUAAGAAAAUAACCAUGGUGUCUACUGGAUCAGGUGAUGUAGGGGCAGCUAAACUGACCGGAGAGGUACUGGAUAUUGUGACCAGAAUGCCUAUGCUGGUGAAAUCAAUGACUGGCGUGGACAUAGCCAAGUCUGUUCGGGCCGCAUAGGAGAUAAAUACCAGCACAUGUUCUUGCAUUUAAGUUUUAUAUGGAACCAUUAUGAGAGUGUGCCAUUCCAAUUUCAAAGAUCUAGAUGAGAUAUAUAUAUAUUGAUAUGAACCUCUAUUUUUCUCAACAUUAGCUUUAAAGUGUGAUAUAAUGUGUUUUAAUGUUGUGUAUUUUAUUAUUAUAUAAGAUUAAACUAUA